ACACCGAUACCUACCGUCCCCGCGAGAGUAGAAUGAGAAUCUCCGUCAGGAAACUUCCAAGUCGAAUGACCAAAGUCGGUUCUGCUGCUGAGCCUGCCCACUCUCCACCAAUGCUACCUCUAUCAGCACUUCGUUGUCAAUCUGGUCGUCAGUUACCGCUAAGGCUACAUACUGAUCCCACCCAGCGUGACAGAUCUCGCUCGCGCCGUCGCUCUCGCAGUCCUCGUCGCAGCCGUCGCUCUUACGAUUCCAGAUCCCGCUCACGCUCGCGUGACAACUACAGAAGAGACGAACGCAGGUCCCGCUCUCCCGUGAACGGAUCAGCCGCCGCUCCAAACUACGCACCCAACAACGCCUACCCCUCCGAUCGUGAAGGCGGUGCCGCCGCAGCAGCAGCUCCUAGAAACUUUGAAGAGCGUGUUGUCGCCAAAGAACAAAUGAUGCAGAACGUGCGCGAACACUCCCAACAAGACCGCCGUGUCUACGUCGGAAACCUCUCCUACGAUGUCAAGUGGCACCACCUGAAGGACUUUAUGCGCCAAGGUGAGGAUCAUUGGACACAACACCUCAAUUGGAUUGAUUCUGACCGAGUAAUUGUGGAAUAUGCAACCAGAGAUCAAGCUCAAAACGCGGUCAACUCUCUCUCGAACCAGAAUCUUAUGGGUAGACUCGUCUACGUUCGCGAGCCCCGUUUCAGCAGCGGUGGUCAAGGCGGCGGUAUGCGUGGUGGCUUCCAAGGAGGCCCAAUGCGCGGCGGCUUCGGCGGUGGCUACGAUGCUAUGGGCGGCGGUGGCCCUGGUAUGAUGGCUGGUGGAAGCCGCCAGAUUUACGUCUCCAACCUUCCCUACACUGUUGGCUGGCAAGAUCUCAAGGACCUCUUCCGUCAAGCUGCUCACACUGGCACUGUCGUCCGUGCUGACGUCCAUGUCACCCCUGACGGUCGCAUGAAGGGUUCCGGUAUCGUCGCCUUCGACAACCCGGAUGAUGCUCAGGUCGCCAUCCAGCAGUUCAACGGAUAUGACUGGAACGGUCGCAUCCUCGAAGUCAGAGAGGACCGUUUCGCUGGCCCACCUGGCUUCGGCGGUGGCCGUGGUGGCUUCAUGGGCGGUCGUGGAGGCUUUGGCCAGCAGUUCGGCGGUCGUGGAGGUUUCAUGGGUGGCCGCGGCGGCUUCGGUGGACAAUUUGGCGGUCGUGGUGGAUUUGGCGGCGGCUUUGGUGGUGCUCCUCCUGGUGGAUUCCACGGUGGCCCUCCUGCAGCUCCCGCUCCUCCCAACGCCUUUACUGACUUCGCAACUUCUGGCGGCGAGCCCGGACCUGUCAUCUACGUCCGCAACCUGCCCUGGUCUACCAGCAACGAGGACUUGGUCGAGCUCUUCACUACCAUCGGCAAGGUCGAACGUGCUGAGAUUCAGUACGAGCCCAACGGUCGCUCGCGCGGAACUGGUGUCGUCGAGUUUGGCAGCGUGGAAGAUGCCGGCACCGCCAUCACCAAAUUCUCUGGAUACCAAUAUGGUGGUCGCCCUCUUGGUUUGACCUACGUCAGAUAUUCCAACCAGCAGCCUGCAAUGGAUGCCAUGCAAGGCCAGGAACAGACCGGCGGUAUGCCCAUGGGUCUUACCCAGGACCAGAUCAUG